AUGAAUUCCGAGGACGAUGCCAUGAUGAAUAUCUACAAGAAGAUCGAGCGGGAGAAGGCCCUGAUCAACGCCGCCAAUGCUAUGCGACAGCAGACCAACAACGACGAUGUCAGAUCCCGCCUCGACAGCCAGAUGCGCGAGGGCCGUAGGAACCUGCAGUUCUUUGAGGAGAAGCUGCGGGACCUCCAGGUGCGCCGCCUGGGCCACGGCGUGGACAGCAUGAGCGUCAGCUCCGGCUCGACCGCCGUCGCAUCGCUGCGUCCCAAGAGCUCCGACCUGCGUGGGGAUGCUGAGGGCCCGCCGACCCCCCCGCCCAAGGAUGCCAGCGGCGGAUAUACCGAGCCGGAUCGAGGCUCCUAUGGCUCGAUCAACUACAGUCAGAUUGGCGGCCACGGCGACUUGAUGCCCCCGCAGCAUCCGUACGCGCCGCCGGGGCCCAGCUCAGGCAUCCCCAAGCCCAGACCCAACUUUACGAAGCUGGACCUGAUCAAAUAUGACACUCCAUAUCUCGGACCCCGCAUCCAACUCAUGCUUUCGCAGAUCCAGUUCAAGCUCAACGUCGAGGAGCAGUACCUGAAGGGUAUCGAGAAGAUGGUUCAGCUAUACAGUAUGGAUGGCGACAGAAAGAGCAAGGCCGAUGCCGCCGCCAAGCGGAUAGAGAGCAAACAAAAGAUUCAACUCCUGAAACAGGCCCUCAAGAGAUAUGAAGAACUCCACAUCGACGAUGUGGACUCGGUCGACUCUCCCGAUGAUGAUAGUAUCAACAUGCCCAACUUGCGAAAGCCUCUGACAGGCCAGCUAUCUUUUAGGGUGAUCCAGGUCCGGGAUGUUGAUCACGCGAGCACCGCCCGGUUCAGCAGAGGGCCGGAAACUUUUGUUGCCGUCAAGGUCGAAGACAACAUCGUCGCCCGGACCAAAGCCUCGCGGAACGACAAAUGGGAGGGGGAGUAUCACAACAUUGACGUGAGAGAAGCCAACGAGGUGGAACUGACCGUGUACGACAAGCCAGGCGAGCACGCCUUGCCCAUUGCCAUGAUGUGGGUCCGGAUCUCAGACAUCGUCGAGGAGAUGCGCCGUAAGAGGAUCGAGGCAGAGGUCAACAGCUCCGGCUGGGUCUCGGCAGACCGAGUAGGAAACUCAGGGGCAGCCCCGGCACAGUUCCCAAUGGGCCCGCAAGCACCGCAGUUCAGCCCACCACCUGGCGCCCAAGGAUUCCAAAACCCACAAGAUCCGCAACAACAGCAGCCGCAGUUCGGUGCCCAGGCCAUGCCGUCGGCUGCUAACCAACCCAUUGACGCUUGGUUCACCCUGGAACCUACCGGCCAGAUUCAUCUCCAGGUUAAUUUUAACAAGAUGAACAAGGAUCGUCGCCAGGUCGAUCUCGGCCUCGGUCGUAAAGGUGCUGUUCGUCAGCGCAAGGAGGAGGUGCACGAGAUGUAUGGGCACAAGUUUGUCCAGCACCAGUUCUACAAUAUCAUGCGUUGUGCUCUGUGCGGAGAUUUUCUCAAGUACUCGGCGGGCAUGCAGUGCGAAGACUGCAAAUACACAUGUCACACAAAAUGCUACACCAGCGUCGUUACAAAGUGUAUCAGCAAAUCGAACGCCGAAACCGACCCAGACGAGGAGAAGAUCAACCACCGUAUUCCUCACAGGUUCCAGGCGUUUUCCAAUGUCACGGCCAAUUGGUGCUGCCACUGUGGUUAUAUACUACCACUUGGAAAGAAGAAUUGCAGAAAGUGCUCAGAAUGUGGCUUGACAGCCCACGCGCAAUGUGUCCAUCUCGUACCGGACUUUUGUGGUAUGAGUAUGGCUGUGGCUAACCAAAUUCUCGAGGGCAUUCGAACUCAGAAGCAGCGGCAAUCCAAGGUCUCAUCCCUGAGUGACCGAACUCUUCGCCAGGGCAAGAUGACACCCACGUCAGAGGGACCUGUUUCUCCGUACAGCUCAGGAGGAACGGGAUCAUACCAACCUAGCAUCGCGUCUCAGGAGGCGCAGAACGCCGCCAAGGCGAUGUACGCAAGCCAAACCUCCCCGACGAGACCCGCUCAUCCGGAUCGCACAUCGUCUAGCACAUCGAGUGCAGCGGCUGCUGCCGCGACAGCCGCGAUGAGCAGCACAUCUGGAGGGCAAGGCAACCGCCCUGGAUCAAUCCCAGACUAUACCUCAGGCCGGUAUGGGGGAUAUGGUGGCCCUGAUGCGCAGGAUGACCCCUACGCACACAACCAGGGAUACAAUGCUCCUCAGCAGCCCAAGUACAAUCCCGCAGCUUACGCGAAUGUCAACACAUAUCCCAGCCAGCCGCAAGCACAGCCGCAAGGGCGUCCGGCUCCGCAGCAGUCAAUGAGCCCGCCUCCAGCGCAGCAAGCCAUGUACCCACCCAGCGCUCCUAUCCAAAAGCCACAACCAGUGGUAGAACCAGCCUCUGCUGUGUCCAGACCGGGAGCCGUGGCUGGAAAGCCUGCUCUGCCCUCGGCUACCGAUCCUGGAACUGGUCAACGAAUUGGACUAGAUCAUUUCAACUUCUUGGCUGUUCUUGGAAAAGGUAACUUUGGCAAGGUCAUGCUGGCGGAGACGAAGAAGUCGCGGCGUUUGUACGCCAUCAAGGUCCUCAAGAAGGAGUUCAUUAUCGAGAAUGACGAAGUAGAGAGCAUCAGAUCUGAGAAGCGAGUCUUCUUGGUUGCCAACCGAGAACGACACCCAUUCCUGACUAAUUUACACGCAUGUUUCCAGACGGAAACUCGUGUUUACUUCGUCAUGGAGUACGUGAGUGGUGGUGACUUGAUGUUACAUAUCCAGCGUGGCCAGUUCGGGACCAAGCGUGCCCAAUUCUACGCCGCUGAAGUCUGUCUGGCUUUGAAGUACUUCCAUGAGAACGGUGUUAUUUACCGUGAUCUGAAACUUGAUAACAUUCUGCUUACUUUGGAUGGUCACAUCAAGAUUGCCGAUUAUGGUCUCUGCAAAGAAGACAUGUGGUUCGGCUCUACUACUAGCACAUUCUGUGGAACUCCUGAAUUCAUGGCGCCAGAGAUUCUGCUCGACAAGAAAUACGGGCGAGCCGUCGAUUGGUGGGCCUUUGGUGUCCUGAUCUACCAGAUGCUGCUUCAGCAGUCUCCCUUCAGAGGUGAAGAUGAAGACGAGAUCUACGACGCCAUUCUUGCUGAUGAGCCUCUCUACCCGAUCCACAUGCCGCGAGACUCGGUGUCCAUCCUCCAAAAGCUGCUGACCCGAGAGCCGGAUAAGCGACUGGGAAGCGGUCCCACUGAUGCUCAAGAAGUCAUGAGCCAGCCUUUCUUCCGCAAUAUCGUCUGGGACGAUAUCUAUCACAAGCGUGUUGCGCCUCCUUUCCUGCCGCAAAUUAAGAAUGCUACGGAUACCAGCAACUUCGACUCCGAGUUCACGAGCGUUACGCCCGUUCUCACCCCAGUGCAGUCUGUGCUGUCGCAAGCUAUGCAAGAAGAGUUCCGCGGGUUCUCUUACACAGCAGAUUUCGAGUAA